UCCGGAAGUUACGUCAGCAGCCGUGGCAAUGGAGGACGUGUUGGAUCUCAGCGAGGAGAAGCGCCGCGGAUCGGCCUCUUCAGGAGCAAAAAUGGGUCGUCGAGCUCAUCAGGAGUCACCUCAAACAGAGAAUCAGCUUGCCAAGAAAAAUUCUAAUUUGUCUGGAGAGGGUCCCCCACCAAAACCAGCCCGACGACAAGGAGGAUGGGCAGAUGAUUCUGUGAAAAUCUCAAAGUCAGGAAGAAAGAUUAUUGAAGAAAUAGAAGACCAACGCCUCAGACAACGGAGCAUAGAAGGAUCUGAUGAUGGAGGAGGACUUUGGAAUCUUGGGUCUGCAGAACGACAUGAAGUUUUCUCCAAGGCAGCUUUCUCCUCCUUACUGCAUCUCUUACUCUGGAGCACCCUGAGGCCUCCAAAAGCUGAGCUGUCCAUUGCUGGAGAGGAAGGAGGACAAGGAGCUGAGAUUCUGUUGUCAGUCUCCAGCUUCACUCAGCCAGGCUGGAAUGUAUCAGAUUGGAGAUUUGAAGUCCUAAAGUUUCUUCCUAGAAGAGAAGGAACCUAUGUGAUUUACCUCAAGGGUGGAGAUAAGGAAAAAUGAUUUGAAUAUAGAUCUAUUAAGGACAGACCAAUAGAACUGGAAUUAUUUUGCUUACAAUAAAGGAUAAGGAGCAAUUUGAAAUUCAGUAGGCAUUUGAGGAAUGAUGUGUUAUUUCUAAGGAGGACUACGCAGGGUUUUAACUACAAUAAGCAGGAGUUGUUAAGUUUGUUAGCUGCCAAAUAGGCAUUUAGAUGGACAGUCAGGUGGAUAGAAUGCCAGGCCUAGAGUCAGGAAAUUCUGAGUUCAAAUGUGGUCUCAGACACUUACUAGCUAUAUAACUCUAGAUAAGUCAUUUAAGCCUUGUCAAUUUGUUUCCCCUUCUGUAAAAUGGGGAUAAUAAUAGUACCUACCUCACAGGAUGGUUGUAUGGAUCAAAGGAGAUAAUAAGUCAAGGCCUGGCAAAUCUUAAAAGUGCUAUAUAAAUAUUAGUAGAUCUAAGAAAAAACAGAAAGCUUCCAACCUAUAACUUCAUAGAGGAAGUUGAAAAAUUUCAGUGGGGAUUGAGAAAAAUAUCUCAUAUCCACAUGCAUUGUUUUGUCUGCCCCUCAACAAACCUGUGAAGUAAGAAAUAAAAAUAUUAUUUCCAUUUUACAGGUUUGGAAACAAUGAUUGAAAAUAUUAAGUAUUUUGCUUAAAAUUAGAAGGCUAAUUAUCAGCAGAGCUAGUCUUGGAAGCAGACUGCUUUUACCUUUAGAAGAUGCUAGUUACUCAUGUGCCCAGAUGGCGUAUGUGCAUUCUUGCAGGAACCCAAGAGCCAGUCUAGGUAAUUUCUGAGGUCCCUUCUAGUGAUUUGUUUUUAUGCAGGGGAUCUUUUGGAAUGAAGUAAAUUUGGAAAGUAUACAAGCUUGGGGAAAUUCCAAAGAAGCAGAAUUAGGAAAAAGGGAGGAAACAAUCCCCUCUCCUCCCCCAUUCCUGCCCCCAGCUCUUGCUCUCCCCCUUUUUUGGAACCAUAGAUAUAGAAAAAAAAACAGGAAAUCAUGGGAUGGUGGGAACAGGCGAGGAGAACCUGCCCCUCUUGGGGCUGUGACGAAGAGAAUUAAUUCACAGCAUAUGUUUGUAGCAUCUGUCACGGUGACCUGGAGUGGAGGGAUCAGCGACUGUGGGGGCAGAGCCAGAGUUCCGCAUUAGCCCUGAUUCCCCUGGCUGCGUGCAGAGCCCCAUCCUUGGCUCCUCCUGAACAAGUGACUGGGCCAGUGGCCCAGGAACAUCUGCCACAUCUGCAGCCAAGCGGUGCUGCCUGGGAGAGGAGGAGAAGAUCCGGUCUGCAGUCUCCUCCUCAGACACAACAAGAAGAAAGGGACACGUGUACUCUUGUGAUAGCCAAUACUUGGAAACGAAGUGGGUGCAAUCAGCUGGGGGAUGGCUGGAAAAUUUGUGGUUUCUGAAUGUAGUCACGUAGGACUGUGCAGUGGGCAGUGACAAAGGAGAAGAACGGAGAGAUAUGGAGAAAGAUUUGUGUGAACUGAUGCACAUUACAGGAGGCAGGACCAAAAGAAUAGUGUGUUCGGUCAAUAAUAGCUGACAUUUAAAAAUUACUUUAAGGUUUACAAAGUGCUUUACCUAUGUCAUCUCAUGUAAUCCUCACUACAAUCUUGGGAGGCAGAUUUUAUUAUUACUUUCAUUUUCCCCAUAAGAGAGCAAGGACUAUCUUGUGCCUCUUCCUGUAUCCCUAGUACUUAGCACAGUGCUUGGCCCACAGCAGGCACUUACUAAAUAUUGAUUGAUUAGGAAACUGAGGAUGAGAGAAGGUUAAUGACUUGGUCAGGAUUACAUAGCUAAUAAGGGUCUGAGGCAGGAUUUGAACAGAGGUCUUUCUGACAACUCUAAGACUCUAAAUCUGAUGACUAAGGCCACCUAGUCGCUGCUAAAGUGUCUGACUCUUGGUGACCCCAUUUGGCGUUUUCUUGGCGAAGAUAUUGGAGUGAUUUAUCAUUUCCUUCUCUAUCUCAUUUUCGCAGAUGAGGGAACUGAGGCAGACAGGGUUAAGUGAUUUGCCCAGGAUCACACAGCAAAGUAAGCAUCUGAGGUAGGAUUUGAACUCCAGUCUUUUCUAAGCCUGAUCCUCUGUCUGUUGCACCACCUAGCCACCUAUUGUAGUAAAGUGAUUAUAACAAUGUAAAUGAAAAAAAUCACUAAUAGGAAGCUAAACUCUGGAUAAUGGAAAAAUCAGAGAAUUAGAAAAAAAAUAAUCAGGCAUUUCUCUUCUCACUGCUGUGAGUCAGGCAACAAGUGGGAUAGAAUAUGUAUAUGUUAUCAGACAAAGUUUCUCUAUUAAUUGAUUUUGCUUUACCUAAAGGUAGGGUCCAAUCUGGACUUGGAUAGUAAAUGACUGCAAUGUAAAAACAAGACCAGAAAAACAUGAUUUUUUUAAAGUGAGGGAUGGGGAAAGGGAACAAAUACAAAGAUCUAUCAGAAAAUCCAAUUCUUCAUGUCAUCCUAAAAAAAAAAGGAGCAACUUUGAAUGAAAUAAACUAUCCACAUAUUUUGAAUAAGAGUUUGGUAUUCUGGUACAUCUGGUACUCUGGACGUCAUUCCUUUUUUCUGCAGUUAACCACUGGUUUUCUUCAAGAAAAUUCCAGAACCCCUCUGGUAGUAUUUGAGCCACCAGGAACUUAGCAUGGGCCUCCAGGAGAGUCACAGCAACUUUAGAUCUGGCACAUAUCAGAAAUGUAUCUCAUAAGAACUAGAGCAGGAAGGAAUCUUAGACAUCAAGUAGUCUAGUUCUGUUGUUUUAGAGGUCAGAAAACUGAAGUUCAUAAUAAGAUGAAGAGGCUUGUCCACAAUCACUUAAGCAAUUACUGGCAGAGCUGAGACUAAAAAUCUAAUCUCCUGAUUUCCAAUGUGGUGUUCUUUCAUUAAAAAAACUAAUGAUAUUUUGUUUUCUUUGAUUAUAUCUUCUUUUCCUUUCUCCCUUUCCCUUGCUUUCCCCACUCUUUUCCUUUUCCCUCCUCUUCCCUCCUGUCUCUUCCUCUAUUCCCUUCCAUUUCCCUUUCCUUCUCUAUAGGUAAAGAAAAUGAAUUGACACAUCAACCAGAUCUGACACUAUAUGUAGGAGUCUACAGCCAUGGUCUACUACCUCUAUCCUGAAAGGAGGAAAAUAAAUUCUAUCAUCUGUCCUCUGGGAUUAGUGUUAUUUCUGUACUUUGGUUAUUUUUUAGUGUUGGGUUAUUAAUAAUAAGACAAUAAAUUUGAAAAUUAAUAAACAAUACUUAACAAAUUAAUAAAA